GCCACUCAGAAACCGGAAGUAGGAAUAAUGUCAUGUGAGGAUGUAAACAUUAGAUUUGUCCUCAAUUCGUCUCUUUUCAAGACAUUUAAACACUAAUGAAUAUAUCAAUUUAAAGAUACAUUGCAUCUCCAGUAAGACAUAUUAAAAAUGUCAUCAGGAUCACAAGUGGAAGAAUUAGUGUUAGCGCUUGUUGACGCAGCGUACGACAACAACAGUGGUGUGUGCAAUGUCAUCUCUACCUCUAUAUUGGAUCUCGGCAAGAAGCAAACAAAACUUGUUCUAACAUCAUGCCACACCUACCUGGAAAAACACCCAAAGUUGGCUUCGGGUCACCGUGUAGUCAUCCUGAACUGCAUAGAACGCAUAGUGAAUUCAACAAUAGCUGAACUAGACCAUGAUAUAGCAGUUGACUUGAUCAAGCAGGCUUCACAAGAAAUGACACAAUCUAAGGAGAUCAGUCCAGACUGGCAAAGUGCUGCUAGUGGUGUGCUGGUUGCUAUAGGGAGUAAAUUCUGUAAUGAAGUAAUGGAGGACCUACUGCAGAAGUUCCACCCUGGCACCCUCCCCCACUUCUUUGUACUACAGACAAUGGCGAACCUUGCUUCUGCCAAUGUCUAUGGGAUAGUACCAUUCCUGAAUGUUGUGCUGGGGACCAUGUUGCCCAUGAUGGGGAUGGCAAAGCAGGAUAACCUCAGAUGGGUCUUUUCCUCUGCCCUCGGCAAGUUCAGUGAAGCUAUCCUUGACUAUGUGGCCAACUUAGAGAAAGCCCCGGACCCAACUGUGAGGAAGGAAGUGUUUUCAGCAGAAAUAUUUGCUGCAUAUGAUGUUCUCUUUAAUAUCUGGUUAAUAUCAAAAGAGGCAAAGCUGCGACUUGCUGUAGUUGAAGCCAUUGGCCAUAUGGUCCAUAUACUGUCCCAGGACAAACUGAUGGAGCAGCUGCCCAAACUCAUACCUGCCAUACUUGGGUUAUAUAGGAAACAUUCAGAGCCUUUCCAUGUGACACAGGGACUCUGUAUGGUGCUGGAUGCAGCUACCCAGGACAGCAGUAAUAUCUUGGAACCAUACCUUGAGAGUGUACUUGGAGCACUUUUCCCACAGGCCUGCACUCAGCCAGAUUAUGCUAAUCCCUGGACAGUAAAGAAUUACAACGAGGUCUUGCGUAGUUUUACAGUCAUAGCAAAGUCAUUCUCAGAUCGCCUUGUUGGGUUUCUCCUGCAAAGAAUGGAAGGAAGUAAUGAAAAGACCCGUAUUGGAAGUCUGUGUGUCUUUCGACAUCUCAUCAAUGCUGCAGAUGAACAUUUGGAGAAUAAAAAAUCGCUGGUUGUCUCUGGUCUGAAGAUCGUCUUGAAUGAUCCCAACAGAAAAGUUGGUAAAAUAUUUGCUCAGGUGAUUAUAGCGAUGGCCCAUCAUGAAUAUUUGGAACUUGAAGGUGGUCACGCAAUGGUGGAGUUCAUCGUGAGGCAAUCGGCACUUCAGGAUGAUCCUCCAGGGAGAAGGCCACCUGACCCGGAAUAUGUGAGCUGCGAAGCAUUGAGGUCCAUGUGUGACAAUAUCCUGAAUUUAGCUACUACUACCAUAGAACCAAUGGAACCAGUUCUCUGGCCAUACUUACUUGAGUUUGUUGUACCUGAAAAAUACACUGGAGCCGCAGGAGUGGUUUGUCGCAGCAUCAGCCACAUUGCAGCAAAGAAACGUGCAAAUGGUGAUCAAGAUUACGAAAUCGAUUUUGACACGCAAGUGAACAUUCCAAAAUCAGUUGAGAUAUUAGCAAGAAUGUUGGUAUUAGCUGGAAGGCCGUUACAUGGACGAAAUUGUGGGAUACACAUACUCUCGGCCAUGAAGUCAAUGUCGCCAAAUUUUCAUGAGAAUCUAGUGGAAUUGUGGGAUACAGUUAUUCCCAAAUUGAUUGCAUAUCUGGAAGAGGUGUCCGAGGAUGAAGAGAAAUGGUCACAGAAGAAUUGGGAGGACUUGAUGCUUAAGAUGCUGUCAAAGAGUGUUGAGCAGGUGAAUGAUGAAGAAUGGCUGAGUGACUUUGGAGAGGCAUUGGGCAGUCAGAUACCACUCUACUCCACAUCCUCAGAGGAAAAGAAUUUUCUGUAUAAGUGCCUUGGGAUUGUAUUGCGAAAGUCUACUAAGAAGGAUUUUGUGAACAAGCAAAUAGAUGUAAUAUUUUCAAGUGUGAAGCAUACAAGCCAGACUGAAAGAGAGGGUUGUGCAAUAGGCCUGGGGUUUUCAGCAACCAGUCAUUUAGAUGCUGUACUCGCUAAACUCGAACACAUUGCCAAGAAUGAUAUUGGUAAAAAGUCUUCCGGAUUCUUAGGCUUUAUAAAGGACAUGAAAUCAGAUGAGAACACAGAGCGUGUCAAGGCAACGCUGAUGUUGUGUUAUGGUUUUGUCACCCUCUAUUCACCUCCAUUGCUAAUUGUGUCAAGAAUGGAGGCCUCCAUACUACGAAGCAUAGACCCGCAUUUUAGCCAUAUCAAGGAUACAAGUGUAAAACAGAACCUGAUCCGUACAGUGCAGCUCAUUGGCAAGGCCCUACACGUGGACCACCUGCAAACAGCCUAUAGUUUUACCAAGAGAAAGGGACUUUUAACACAUAUGCAGACAUAUUUGAAGGCUGAACACCCAAAGGUUUUAGACACAGAGACACGGGCACUUGCUAUUGAUGCUUGUACAUCAUUAAUAAAGUUGGAGCCUAAGUUGGAGGAAGCAGAAAUGUUUGAUGUCAUCAAAGACGCCACUGAUUGCGUCAUGGGGUUGCCACUAGAUGCCGCUGUUGGUAGCAAGAAGACAAACAAAGAGGAAACCUAUGAUCAGGUGCUGGAACAUGAGGUGUUGCUAGAGGCAACCUUGGAAUCCCUGGAUGAGUUGCUACGGGAACUGUUGCUACGUAACCUUGACCCUUCAGGUCUGCAGGAUGUAUACAAGCAUGUGUUCCCCUGGAUGGUGUCUUUACAUGAGUUUGAGAGAGAAAGAGCUGUGCAGAGACUGCUUAAAAUACUUAACUGUUACCUUGACAACUUCUCAUUAGGAAUAAAUUCUGCCACCUCAUUCCAACAUGUGAGUAGUCUUCUAGGACGUCUGGUCCCCAGAUGUACAGACCCUGAGCUGAAUGUACGAGAAGCCGCCAUAGAUUGUAUUCACACUGCACUGAAGAUACUCAAUAGAUAUGCAGGGCGUGGUACGGAUGAGCCAGAUCAGAUGGUAGAUGCUCUCCCAACAUUGAAGGAACGACUGAAGAAAACAGAUCCAAAUGUCCUUUUUAGUGUCAUUAAGGAUCUUUCUAAGGUGCUAUGCAAGAAACUCCCAAGUGACCAACUAAGUGACUUUAUGGAGAAGCUAUAUGAUGGUCUUCUUGAUGCCCAGUCACAUAGCUCAUCAGGUGCAUGUGUACUGAUGAAUAGUACAAUUAAACUACGUGGCUCAGAGCUACAUUCCCAGGUAGAAUAUAUCUUAGGUGUCCUUCAUGAGAAAUUGGGUCAAAUAGAAUGUCCGCAGACGCGUACGGGAACAUUACGUGCCAUUCGCACUCUCUCAUCACACCACCUCCUCAGUGUGCUAACCUCUCUGCUUACAUACCCUAUCCCAUAUAACAAAGAUGUUUGCGACAUGUGGACGAGCGUGGCUGAAGAUGAGGCUCUGACAUCAUCACUUCUUGAUCACAUAUUGGAUCUGCUAAGUCGUAGUUUGCCAUACGAGGAAAAAACUGAUCCUAGGGAUAAAGAAAAGACGAUUAAAACAUCAAUGCAAUUACCGUUGUCAGCUAUUAGUGCCUUGACGGAGAUCUUUAAAGUGGAAGCCUCGGAGACUGUAGUGACUUCUCUCUAUCACAAACUGUUUGCUGCACUCUUGGUUGCUAUUGGCUCAACUGUUGGAUGUAGGCCACCAAAACACAAAGAAGAACAUGAGACCAAGUCAGGCAAAGAUAAGAAGUCAAGUCACCCGGUCAAAGAUAUCAAGAUUGUACCAGCCAGUAUUGCAGUAGAUGCAUUGAAGCAGCUGCUGAUACGAAGUAAGAGUGAUGCUCUGGCUGAAGCAAUGGAAGAAGGUGAACUGUAUGAGAAGCUACAAGAUGAAGACACCUACCAAGAAGCUGUUACAUCAAUUGCAAAGAGCGUCAGUGAAAACCAACCAGAUAUGGUCUCCCGUAUUGUCUCUUGCCUUAACCCAGUCCUCUCUGGACCAUAUGACUCACAGAGGGUCGUUGCUGCAGCAUUCUUUGCAGAGUUGAUUAACCAGAAGUGUUGUGGCGAUAUGACACUGGUGGAAUUGUUGAUGAAUAGCUUAUUAGGACGUCUUGUAGACACUAAUCAUGUUGUUAGAAUGUUGUGUAUACGUGGCCUUGGGAACAUAGCAAGUUUGGGGCAUCAGCAGGUGCAGAAAUAUGCCACUACAAUCUUAAGCGCCAUGAUGGCAGGAAUGGAUGACAAAGAUGAUGUUGAAGAUGACAUCACACUAGAAGCAAUGGAAGGACUUUC